AGAGCUAACGGAUCGUGCAUCGGAUCAGUUUAUUCAAAUUAGCUAUUCACUUUUACUUUUGUGUGUAAUCAGCGUGCCGCAGUCUGUUGGACAAAAUCAUAAAAAUGUGGCGUUUGCUUAAAUUGCGCGCAACCAUUGCGCCUGCGCUCACCAGACAGCGUCAUCAAGGACGCAUUAUGGCCAUCAGACGUGAGGAUCAGUCGGUGUGGGAGCGUCGCGCACCAUUUGGACCCACGCAUGUGCAGAAGCUGGUCAAACAGGGCGUCAAGGUUAUUGUCCAGCCCUCCAAUCGUCGCGCCUAUCCCAUGCAGAUACUCAGUGUAAAGUACAUAUUGCCUUCUUCUACGUUCACACAAUCAGGCCGCAAGGAGUCGGUAUCCAACAUGCCGCUGCUGGUGCCUAUACUGGAACAAGGCUGUUCGGCUGCGGUGGGUCAUCAUACGCCCUUUAUGCAUAUAGGACCAGCGCAUAAUUAUCGCAACUCCUCAAUGGCUCGCCAGGCAAUACGGGAUUGCGGCUAUGAAAUAUCGCUGGGCAUGAUGCCCAAGUCCAUUGGCCCGCUGACUUUUGUCUUCACCGGCUCCGGCAAUGUGUCCCAGGGCGCGCAGGAGGUGUUCUCCGAGCUGCCCAUUGAGUAUGUGCCGCCGGAAAUGCUGCGCAAGGUCGCUGAGCAUGGCAGUCAGAAUAAACUUUAUGGCUGCGAGGUGAGUCGCUCGGAUCAUUUGGAGAGACGCGAGGGCGGCGGCUUUGAUGCCAAGGAGUAUGACGAAUUUCCGGAGCGUUAUAUUUCCACAUUCAAUCAGAAGAUAGCGCCAUACGCCUCGGUUAUUGUCAAUGGCAUCUACUGGGCUGUGGGCAGUCCAAAACUGAUAAGCAUUCCAGAUGCCAAGAAUCUGCUCCGACCCGCCAAUACUCCCUGGCUGCCCACCAGCAAGGGAAGUCCAGCGCUGCCGCAUCGUAUGCUGGCCAUUUGUGAUAUAUCCGCUGAUCCGGGCGGCUCCAUUGAGUUCAUGAACGAAUGCACCACCAUCGAUACGCCCUUCUGUCUCUACGAUGCGGAUCGCAACAAGGACACCAAGAGCUUCAAGGGACCCGGCGUGCUUGUCUGCUCCAUAGACAACAUGCCCACGCAGCUGCCGCGCGAGUCAACGGAUCUGUUUGGUGAGCUGCUGAGUCCGCAUGUCCACGACAUCAUCAAGAGCGAUGCCAAGAAGCCGCUGCAAAUCGGAGACUUCUCCUAUCCCAUACACUCGGCUAUAAUUGCCAGCAACGGCGAGCUGACCGAGGGCUUCCAGUACAUACAAGAGCUGCGCGAUUCGCAGAGCAAUCGCUCGCGGCACAAGAUGGAGGGACGCUCGGAGUCGCACAAGAAGGUGCUGGUGCUUGGUGCGGGAAUGGUGUCCGCACCGCUCGUGGAGUGGCUGCAUCGGGAGAAGGAUGUUAGCAUUACGGUGUGCUCGCAGGUCAAAGAGGAGGCGGAUCGCUUGGCGCAGCAGUACGCCGGCGUGGACAGCAUGUAUCUGAAUGUGAACGAGAGCACGGGGCAUCUGCAGGAGCUGUGCAGCAAGGCGGAUGUGGUGGUCUCGCUGCUGCCCUAUGGACUGCAUGGCAUGGUGGCGCGCUGCUGUGUGGACGAGCGCACGCAUCUGGUGACGGCCAGUUAUCUGAACGAUGAGAUUGCGGCGCUGCACGAUGCAGCGCGUCAGAAUGGUGUAACGAUUAUGAACGAGGUGGGCCUGGAUCCGGGCAUUGAUCAUCUGCUGGCGCUGGAGUGCAUACAUGAGGUGCAGGAGAAGGGCGCCGUUGUCGAGUCCUUUGUUAGCUACUGCGGCGGUUUGCCGGCGCCGGAGCAUUCCAACAAUUCGCUGCGCUACAAGUUCUCCUGGUCGCCACGUGGUGUUUUACUCAACACGCUCUCCGCUGCCAAGUACUUGAGCCAGGGUCAGAUUGUGGAAAUAUCGGGCGGCGGUGAGCUGAUGUCGAAUCCACGCAGCUUGGACUUUCUGCCAGGCUUUGCGCUGGAAGGCUUCCCCAAUCGCGACUCCACCAAGUACGGCCAGCUCUAUGGCCUGAGCCGUGAUGUGCACACGCUGCUGCGUGGCACGAUUCGCUACAAGGGCUUCUCGGAGAGCAUUAAGCCCAUGCAGCUGCUCGGGCUGAUCGAUCCAGAGCCGCAUGCAAUGCUGCAUCCCAGCGGACCGGAGGUUACCUGGCGCCAGCUGAUUACACAUCUGCUGGGCAUGUCCGACGCCAGCAUUUUCUAUGAGAAUCUAAAGCAGAAGCUGGUGGAGCGCAUUGGCGAUGUGGAGGGCAUUGAGAGUCUGGGCCUGCUGGAUGAAACGCCAGUGGUAAAGCUGAACACACCGCUAGAUACGCUCAGCCAUUAUUUGUCCAAGCGUUUGGCCUUUGAGCGUGAGGAACGCGAUUUGGUUGUCUUGCGUCAUGAGGUGGGAAUACGUUGGCCCGAUGGCCGCCGCGAGGAGCGUGGCAUCAACUUUGUUGUCUAUGGCCAACCGCAAGGACACUCCGCCAUGGCUAUGACUGUAGGAAAGCCAGCCGCCAUUGCUGCCAAGAUGAUACUCGAUGGUGAAAUCCAAGAGCGCGGCGUCCUUUUGCCCUUCACUCCCGACAUCUAUCGCCCGAUGCUGCAGCGUCUGCGCUCCGAGGGUCUGACUGCCACAGAGACCUCCAGAUGGCUCAAUUAGCUGCACUUUGGCUGCUCGAUUUCGUCAAAAUUUCUACUUUGUUUGUUGUUAUAUAUUUAGAAACCUGGUAUUUCAGUCAUAAACAAGAGUUAAGAUAAGAACUGCACUGUUAUCUGUAUAAAAUUAUGAAUGUGUGUGUUUAUUUUUGUUGUUAUGUACUUAUAAUUAUCAAGUAUAUGUAUUUUCUGAGAUGCGAUUAAAAAUGUUUUUCUAUGCAUUUAC